CGCGCCUCUCAGCCCUCCACAAGAAUCCCACCCGCCCACUUCGCACAACCACCACCUCCCCCUCUUGCCCCACUUCGCCGUCGUCCUCCCGGCUGCAGCAUGCGCGCCGCUCCCCCGCUGCUCCUCAGCCUCCUGCUGCUCCGCGGAUGCUGCUGCGCCUCCGGAGCCGCCGCCAAGGCUUGGAGGCAGGUGUCCAACGCCGGCACGGAGUUCAUCGUGGACUACACGCACGGGGGCAACGGCAACAACAGCACGAUGAAUAACAACAACAACAACAACAGGGCCAAAAGCGGCGGAAGAACGAGCAACUCCGUCUCCUACAGUGCCUCGGAGCUGAGCUGCAGGGAACUGCGCUCCACCCGCUACAUCACAGACGGAUCCUGUCGUAGCGCCAAGCCGGUGAAGGAGCUGGUGUGCUCGGGCCAGUGUUUGCCCUCGCAUCUCAUGCCCAACUCCAUCGGCCGCGGGAAGUGGUGGAGAAGCGGCGGCGGGACCUCGGACUACCGUUGCAUCCCGGCGCACUCGCGGACCCGUCGGGUGCAGCUGUACUGUCCCAACGGCAACACUCGGACUUACAAGAUCCGCUUGGUCACCUCCUGUAACUGCAAGCGAUUCCGACCGCACCACAACCAGUCCGAGGCCAAGGAGGUCCCUCGGUUACCCCGCAACAAGAAGCACGGCCGUUCGUCCCAGGACCGGAACAAGAACAAGACGCCGUUGACGGACAACUCGUAUUAAAUCUCUGAGUGUCCCGACAACACCCAAACAACCCGAUUGAUUUCUCUCUCUUGCUCUCUUUUGCUCUCCCGCUCUCUAUUGGGGAGGACACGCAAGAACAAUUUCACUCCAGGGCGACUUCACAAGCUGGGCUGACUUUGUGUUUUUUUUUUUUAGCCAAUCUCAGUUUUCUUUUCUGCAUGACAAAGCCUAAAUGACCGGGUUUGCUACGAGGAGACAUCGCAGCGGGGCCCCGUCCUGAUAUAAAGCCAUCUCAAGCGUAGCAAACAUCCUCCCCGCCGGGCCCUCCGAGCCAUCUGUACAAACACCGCAACGCUUGCUCCCACUGCUGCAUUUAAGGCGGACAAGGUGCACCAAAGAGGUCGUAAUCCAUCUGCUUCUGCCGAGAUGGGACACUGGCAGCGCAAGGGGGUAGGGGGCUCCGACGGAGGGAUGGUGUCAGCUUCGGAAAGAGGCCUCCCACUUCUUUCCGCCUUCCGAGACCCUCCCCCCCCCAAGGCCCUCGAUAGCCCCGCGGCGCUCUCGGCCGAUGACAUGCGCUCGGCGUGACUUGGAAUUACGAGUUGAGCGAGCCCAUGAAACGGACCUGAUAUCAGAGCGAUCCUCCUCCCGCCGGUCUGUAAAUACAACCGCACCGCAAAGACGCUUGGCCUUUUUUGUUGUGGACCAGAUGGGCGUUUUCCCCAAACGCUCCUGUCAUUCCCCACCCGAUUUGAAAGCAUCCCGACGAUGUUUCCAGCUUCUUUGGACUUUUUCAAAUGAGCAACUGAAAAGGAUUCGUCACCGACUGUACAGAUCAUCAUGAGUGUUGCCCUCGCCAGGCUAAAGGGGGGGGCGGAUCAGGCGUGAGCCGGUGGGCGGUGAAGAGGCCAAUUUCCACAAAGGAAUGAACUGCAUAUUUAUUUUUUAUUUCCACAUUUGAAUUAUUUAUGCAACCUUUUUUUUGUAGUAUAUAAUAACCGCCAUUAUUGUCAUCUAGUGCGAUCGCGCAAUGAAAUACUGUGCAGUACGUAAAUAAAGCCAAUCCAGAUAUA